AUGAGUGUAACAGAGGAUUGCCUUAUUGGCAUCGUUAACAACUCUGUUAAGCCAUGCGAUCAGAUUGUUCAAGUCAUUGAGUGCAAAGUUACUCAUAGUGGACAGUUAAAACUCGCAUUAAAUGAUAAAGUUCAUUAUUAUUCAGGAAUUUUGGCAACACAAAAGCGUGAUCUCUACAAUAGUGGCGAAUUAAAGAAAUUUUCUCUAAUUAAACUCAAAAAAUACGUCGUUAAUAAUGGAUAUCGUCAAUCAAUUGUCAUUUUAGACACAGAAGUCGUUAGCAAUGACUGUAACUCUAUUCUUGGACGUCCACAGUCCAUAAAAGUUGAUGAAAGCUCUUCAGCAGCAAGUUCAAAUCAAUUUUCAGGUGCUCCACCUCCACAGAAUCAGCCAAAUGACAAUCUAUCACAUGCUCCACCACCACCAGCGUAUGUUCCACCACCUCCACCGCCUUCAUACGCUCCUCCUCCGCAACCUCCUUCAUAUCAACAGCCACCGCCUCCUCCUCAGUACCAGCAGCCUCCUCCACCCCCACAGUACCAACAACCGAACCAAAAUCAGUACCAUCAGCAAUCAUAUCAGCAACAAAAUCAGAAUCAGCACCAAAACCAAUACCAAUACCAGCAACAACGCCAAUUACCUCAACAACAUGCUAUCAGGCAGUCUCAGAACCGUAUAAUCAUCCCAAUAUCUGCACUUUGUCAAUAUACUCAUCCAGGAUGGAUGAUUCGAGUCAGAAUCGUCUCAAUAUCAGAUCCUAGGACAUAUAGAAACGGCGAAGGAAAAUUAAUGAACAUUACAAUGAAAGACGAUAGCGGAACCUCAAUUCGUGGCACUUUUUUCAACGAAAAUGUUGACAGGUGGCAGCCUAAAUUGAAGCUGAACAAUGUCUACAAGGUGUCAGGAGGCCGCGUAAAGGUUGCGAACAAGGAAUACAACAAUACAGGCAACGAUUACGAAAUUUCAUUUGAUGAUGCAACAUCUAUAGAAGAUGACCAAGAUGAUGGAUCUAUUUCGACACUAUCCUUUAAUUUCGUCAAAUUAGACCAGUUGGCUGAAAGACCAGACAAUACUACAGUAGAUAUAAUCGGAUGGGUCACAACAAGCGACCAAGCCGUAACUUUUACUUCAAAGAAAGGUAAUACGAUGCUAAAGAGAAGAUUGGAAAUAGCAGAUGAUACAAAUUCAAAGAUAGAAUUAACAUUUUUCGGAUAUUUAGCGAAUAAACUCCCAGAAGAGCCAAAUUACGUACUUGCUGCUGGACCAUGUAGAAUUUCCCCGUUCAGAGGUAAGUCUUUGACCAUGUUUGACGGAAAUCUUCAAGUUGAACCGGCAAUUCCUGAAACUAAUGCAAUUAGAGCCUGGUGGAAUCAAACAGGACAAUUUACACUAGGAGAAAUGAAGUCCUUAUCUAAUGGCGAUGUAGGAAUGGGCGGAAAUUCUCAAACUUUGCAUCUUUCUGCAAUUGAUGAGCAAGGAUUAGGACAGAAUGAAAAGGGUGACUAUUUCAUGGCAUAUGUUACUCUUGCAGAGCUUAGUUCUAACAAAAAGUUCUGUUAUGCUGCUUGUCCAAAUGAAGACUGUAAAAACAAAGGUUUGACGCCUAAUGAAGAUGGAACAUACUUCUGUGAGAAAUGCCAGCAACCAAAAACUCCAAGAUGGCGCUGGAUGUUCAAUACGAAGAUAUCUGAUUUCUCUGGAUCUUUGUACGCAAGUGUUAUAGGUAAUGACCAGGUCGGAGACUUGAUUUUCGGUAAAAAAGUCAACGAACUACAUGACGAACUCGCCGAUGUGAAAGAUGAGGAAACGAUGAAGUUCACCAUGCCACUUUUCUUCAGAAAUUUGAAAGUAAGGUUAAACGCAAGACUUGACAAUUAUGGAAUGGAAUCAAGGAUCAAAGUGAAUAUAGUAGGUGCUUCCGAGAUGAACUAUGCUGAAGCUGCAAAAUUCUUUGCAAGCGAAAUAGAAAAACAGAAAUAA